AGCAGCUGGAAGUGGGUCAGACCAACAGAAUCAAGUUCUGUUCUGCAGUCAGCGUUAAUUGGACCGGCUUCAGAACCUGUUCAGCCUGGACCACCUGGUCUACAGAACUAAACAGAACCAACAGAACCUGUCUGUCUCACCAGGAGCUUCCUCUGCUGAGCAUCGUCAGGCUGGAGAGUCACCAGGAGGAAGAGGAGGAGGAGGUCAGAGUCCUCUCCUCUGAUUGGCUGAUUUCAGCCUCACAAACACUCUGGUGCAUUGACUCCAUGUGUGUUUGCCCUUUGACCUCUACAGUUUGUUCAGCCAGAACUGCCAAUCAGGUGAGCUCAGCUGGCCCACUGCAGACCUGGUUCUGGUUCUGACCCAGCACAGGUCGGUACGGGUCAGAAGUGGUUCUGCAGGGACGGAACCAAGCGGACCCAUCAGAACCAUGAGUUCUAGUUCAGUUUAGGAUGAAAAUGUUUCAUCUGUUGAAUCAAAUUUGUUUGGUUUGUUUUAUCUACAAACAGAGAAAUUAGAAAGCAGAGCCCAAUAGUUUUUCAUAUUUUGAUUUACAGAAAACUUCAUGAUCUGAAUUUGAUAUUUAUUGUCUCCAGUCUGUCUCCAGUCUGUCCACCAGUCUGAGGAGGAAGAGGAGCAGCGUUCUCCUCUGCGGCUCCAGACCAGCAGGGUGUGUGUCUGUAUGUGUGUGUGUGUGGGUGUGUGUCUGUGUGUGUGUGUGUGUUGUGUGUGUGUCUGUGUGUGUGUGUAUGUGUGUGUGUGUGUGUGUCUGUGUGUGUGUGUGUGUGUGUGUGUGUGUGUGUGUGUGUGUGUGUGUGUGUGUGUGUGUGUGUGUGUCUGUGUGUGUGUGUAUGUGUGUGUGUCUGUGUGUGUGUGUGUGUGUGUGUGUGUGUGUGUGUGUGUGUGUGUGUGUGUGUGUGUGUGUGUGUGUGUGUGUGGGAACCUUCUGCAGGAAUUCAGCUCUGGUUGUCAUAGAAACUGGGAUUCUACAAUAGCAACAGUGUGUGUGUAUGUGUGUGUAUGUGUGUGUGCUCUGCAGUAUUUUAUUUUUAACUUCAGCAGCUCAGUGAUCAGGUUGACGCUCCAUCGGUCCGAAGGCGCUUUGUGACAUCACCAGGUGAUCCAUGACCCGCGUUGUCCCAGUGACCUCUAGCUGACCUGCAGGUCCUAAUCGGAUCCUGAUCCUCCUUCCAACUGAUUGGGUCAGGACCAGAACUUUCCCUCCAGGGUUCAACAUCCCAUCUGAAGGCAGCUGGAAUCUGACUCCCCGCCAGCAGGGGGCGCCUCUCCAUCGCUGUCAUCUUUGCAGAACCUGUGCUGUUGCUGCCGGCUCCAGGUUCUGGUUCUGCCACAGGACUCCUGGGUCCACAGAAGGUGUUCAACUCCUCAAUUCUUCAGGCUGAGCAUCAGAAUCCGGGUCAGAACCAGAACUGGAUCCAGGAAGACCUGUCUGGCCCAUCGCUGCUCUCUGCUGCCACCUGGAGGCGCAGCUCCAAACGGGACACACGAUCCGAUUGGUCGUGUGUCGGUAGUCACGUACUUCUGCUACUGGCACUCGCUCCCUUUGCCGCCCCCUGCUGGACGCAGAGGGAACUGCAGUUCUGCUGAGUUCUGGUUCUGGAUGUUUCCGCGCCUGGACCAGAAGUCUUCGGCAGGCACCAGGAAGUGAGUGUUGCUAUGGAGACAGUAAGGCUGCUUCCUGAUCAGCUCAGAUCUGACUGAGCUCUAAGGGUUAAUUAGGGCUGGGAGGAAGAGGAGGAGGAAGAGGAGGAGGAGGAAGAGGAAGAGUCGCGCAGCGGCUCCGUCAGUCGGUUGGAACCAGCUGAGGAAGAGGAGGAAGCCGCUUCUUCAGCUGCGGUCAUGUGACUUCAGAGAGGAUGUCCAGUCUUGAGUGAGCUUCCAGUGGACGGCAGGUGUAGGAGAGGCAAAGGAUCAUGGGAGAUGGAGGGCCCCUGCAGACGGAGGGGAACGCUCUCCUCAAAGCUGUGUUCCAGGGAAAGCUGCGCCUCGCCCGGCUGCUGCUGGAGGGCGGAGCCUACAUCAAUGAAGGCAACGAACGGGGAGAGACACCCAUCUCCGCCGCCUGCCUGGGGAGCUAUGACGACCCACAGACCCGCCAGAGGAUGGUCCGCUACCUACUGGAGAAAGGCGCUGACCCCAACAUCCCAGACAAGAGCGGCCGCACGGCGCUGAUGCAUGCCUGCGCCGAGCGAGCAGGGCGAGAGGUGGUGACCCUACUGCUGGAGAACGGGGCAGAUCCCAGCCUCAGAGACUACGCCGGUGCCUCUGCUCUGGUCCACGCCAUCAACAGGGGAGACCGCGACACGCUGCAGGUGCUGCUGGACGCCUGCAAGGCCAGGGGCAAGGAGGUGAUCAUUAUCACUACUGACACAUCUCCAUCAGGCACCAAGAAGACCAAGCAGUACCUGAACUCGCCACCCUCUCCCGGCAUCGUGGACAAACUGUCCCCUGCUUGCAUGUCUCCUUCAGAAGUGGAGAUCGCCACUGCGUCACCUGCAGGGUACAGGAGCAAUGGCGAGGAGGGCAUCUUCAGCUUCGCGCUCACCUCAGCCUUACCUCUGCCUUCGGCUCGGCCUCCAGGUGAGAAGCGGCCCCCGCCUCGGAAGCUCUUGAAGAGGCUGAACUCGGAGCCCUGGGGCCUGGUGGCACCCUCGGUGGUGAGCGGAGUUCCUCCUGACCGGCUGGACCCGGGUCUAGAGGAAGAGGCCAGCAGCGAUCUGAGCAGAGCCACCGCCGGGAUGAACGGUCUAUCCAUCUCGGAGCCGGUCCGGACUCGGUUGUCACGCCGACACAGCAUCGAGACGCACGACCCCUGUUCUCCCAAAUCCAUCGACCGGUCCUGCUCCGAAGACUGCACCGGCCUUUCUGCCACGUCCUGGGCUGACAAGGUGCAGCAGCACCAGAUCCUGUACCGGAGAAACACGGCCCCUGAGCCCCAGGAGAAUGGGGGGCCUGGGGGGCCUGGGGCUAUCCGGCUCCUGGUGCACCCUAAACUGAGCCGCAUGGAGCACUACGAAUCUGACACUCAUCUUUGUCCAGAGUCCAUCCCUGGCUCACCGGACUCUGGGCGGGUGUCAGUGGAACGGCGACGGUAUAACGCCUCCCCGUUAUCCCUGGUGACCAGCUCAUCCAGGGAGUCUCUGGAGAACAUCCCCAACUCGGUGUCGCCCAUCACCAUGCGCCGUCGGCCCCCGGGUCUGCUGGAGCGCCGCGGGUCCGGUACGCUGCUGCUGGACCACAUCUCCCACACCAGGCCCGGCUUCCUGCCUCCUCUCAACAUCAACCCCCACAGACCCAUUCCCGACAUUCGAGCCAAUGGAAAACCCACCUCCCCCAUUCACAGCGGACACAAGGUCCUGGUUCCCAUGGCCCCGAUAUCUCCCAAGCGGGGCCCCGAAUUCAAGAUGAAGAAGAAGCUGAUGAGGAGGCACUCCAUGCAGACAGAGCAGAUGAAGCAGCUCUCCAGCUUCCAGGAGAUCCUGGCUGAGAAGGUGGUUGAGUCCAAUGGGGACUGAUGAUAGCAGGCAACAAAGCAUGAUGGGUACCUGCUGAGUCCGAGCUAACACCAGGUCCUGUUGACUGAGGUGAGCUUUGUUUGACACCACCUGACUGGAUCAGUUCUGUUCACUGAGGUUUGGGUCGAAGGGAUGGUUCUGAUCCAAUGGGAUGUUCCCUGCAGCUGUCAGAGUGGUACUUUUGGGGAAUCAGAACUUUUCCCCAUCUAAAACUUCAACUUGGAGGUACGUUUGAUUCAGAGAUGGUCCCGUAAGACGACAUUUUGGUGCUGGACACUUGACAACCAGGCGGGUCACAGGGAAGAGGAGGACUAGAACCUUUCAGACCAAACCCUCCAAGAUCCGGCCAGUGGUCAACUCUGGGUUCUGGUGGUAUCAUCGUCUCCAAGAGUUAAGGGUGGUCCUCGAAAGACACACCAUCCAAGGUAUGGAGAAAUGAAUGAACCUCCUCACAUCACUGUGUUCUGGAUCAGAACCGGUCCUGUAAUGUAACUGGGUCGAUUUCUCUGACGUGGAUGAUCUUCAGGACCUCUCCAGCUAGGAUCAGAGGCCGCAUGAGUGCAGGGAAGGUGCUGAGCUGUUCAGAACCAGAACUCUGGUGCAGGUUUCCUGCAGAGCUCAGCAAGAACCUGAGGAAAGGCUGAUGCAGGUGAGGUGAACCUUAACCCCUGAGGACCAGAGGCACUUCUGGGCCAGAACCAAACUCUACAAGAACUUUUUUAACAACCUCAAACCAUGACAGAGUAACUAAACCCCAAAAUCGACUUGAUUUUGCUGGUAAACUAUAACCGGUUCUUCAGGGUUCUGUCUUUAUUUUUUUGUGCGUUUUCAUGCAAAUUUGUUUAAUUCUGCGUUUUUUUGUUUUUGUCUAAAACCCUCAUUAGGUUGAAGCUGCUGCAGUGGGUUUGUCCUGUUGGUUCCCCUCCCUCGUCCCCAGACUUGGCUCCGCCCACAUUGGUGUUAUUUUCAUGAAUUUGUCAGAGGGUGCAACUGUCUGUUAGACUUUAAAUCAGCCUGAAGGUGGCGCUUUUGUCCUGUUGCGCUUCACAAACUGAUUUCAACGGUUUGCUGAUGUUCAAAGAUUGGCCCUGCUGGUCACAGCAGCGUCACCUACAGGUUCACAGAUCUCAAGUCAGUUUUCGUCUGCAGCUUGGGUUAGGCUGAAACUAAAUCUGACACUUAUUUCAAUGAUUGAACUGAAAAAUGUACCUGUUAUUUUACAGACUUCUUCCAGAUUGAAUAAGUCUGGAGUGUUUCAGUUCAUGUAGAUCAGGGGUCAAACUCCAGCCCUGGGGGGUCGCUGGCUGCCCUGCAACCUUUAGCUGAGCCUCUGCUGCACCUGAAUAGAAAAAUGAGGUCAUGAAGGUCAGAUCCAAACAAGAGGAGAUGAAGCCGUUUUAUUCCAGUGUUUUGUAUCUGAGGCUCAUCUAAAACAUGGAGGACUGGAGUUCGACUCCUGUGACGUUGACGUUCUGGUUUCGCUGAAACCUGAGAAAAUCAGAUCAGACCAAUAAAUAAAGUACUUUGA